UUCUGGAGGGCGACGAAGUAGUGAUGUCGGCGGGGAGGGUGACUGCAAAUUUCGCAUAUUUACCAUCUAUCGUCUUGGUUGAAAUUUACAAAUACUUGCCUUUUCAAGACAAAUUACGAGCAUCAUCAUCGUGUAAGGCAUGGAGAGAAUGUCUAUUCCACCCUCGAUUUUGGACGAAGCUCAACAUCAAAUUUUGUCUGAAGAAAAACUGCUGGCGACGGGCCGAAUUCCUCUCUAGAAAGUGCGGCCGAUUUUUACGAUAUGUCACGCUCGAAUUUGACUGUACUAGUGCAAACAUCAUCCAGCAAUGUGUCGCCGUCCUCACACAACUGGGAGAAAACAGAAUGCUACAUUCGCUCACGCUACGACCAACGGCUUGUGUUGUCGACUGGCCCUACGUUGCCAAUGGGUGUUCGAACGAAAACGAAACCUUCGCAGUGUACGACAGGUUCCUCGAAGCCAUCAAACAAGUGAUUCGCACUUCCACCAAUUUGGAACACUUGUCACUUGGUGGCCUGGAAGACCUGCUUCACCACUCUGAUCACCUCCUGGGAUUGCUAAGCCUUCAUCAUCGCCACACACUCUCGCACCUCCACUUGGCCAGUGUCAAGGACAACCCGGACCAUUAUCCCAUUCCGGAAAUCCGGCUUGGCCUGCUCUCCGUGUUCAGCCGUUUACGAACUUUGAGCAUCGACUACGACUAUGUCUGCGACCACCUACUCCUCCUCCUCGCUGACAAGGUGGCACCACUGUCUAAGCUCAUUCUUCAUGUACAUGGACUGGAGGACAGCUAUCAGAAGUCAAUCAAAGACUCCUCUUGGUCGAGGCUGGCUUCGAGUGCGCCUCAGUUGCGGGUAACACUUAUACUGCUCCAUACGUGCGAGCCAUUUACAGCCGUAGAGAGCCUGCUGUGUCCGUCGAUGCCUCUGGCGGAGUUCAGCUCAUAUUACAGCGACGCGUUCCAUGGGGAGGUCCUUAAUUACCUCUGGGGAAGAUAUGCAGAGACACUGUGUGCUGUAAAUGUAGUGAACGCCCUGACAGAAGAAGAUGCAAUUCCGCAUAGGACUUUUUUGGUGAGAGCCGAGAGUCCUGUGGUGAUGCUGGCUUGGAGAUGUCAUCGCCUUGCUAGCCUGCAGCUUGUGGGACACGAAAUUGCCGAUACAGACCUGAUUGCGGUGGCGCGCCUACGUGGCCAGCAACUCAAAGAACUGCGUAUCCCGCUUGACUGUGUGUCGGAGGGAGGAUCGGGAGGACCUUAUUACAGUGAACUGUGCCCCACUGAUGUUCAGCGUCUCGAAACUGAAGUAUCGACAAGUCUCCAACGCAAGUGGACGCUCGACAGUACCCAGUCACCAAUAGAAGUGGAACACGGGGCAUUCCGCAGCUACCUGAAGAGCCUUCAACUGCUUCAGGGCUAUUCUGAGGCAUAGCCGCAACACGGGGCACCACACGCGCUUUUUUGUCAUCAUCAUCUGUUUACAAACUUUCUGAAAGCGCGCAUUAAGAACAUUAUCGGUGGUGACCAACGAUACCAUACACACAGCACAGUGAUCGAGAUAUUUUAAGGACAAAGCUGCGCAUUCCAACAACGCAUCAUUGUUGCAUCUUUUUGAAGAGAGUCUAUUUAUAUUUACACCAUAUAUAACAGAUGACCCCUGCUUGAUUUUUGGCAGGUUGAAGAAUAUCACCCUCGUUGAUUAGAAAUGAUGGUGCCUGAUGUUGGCGUUUUACUGUUGUGCAAAGAUCAAACACACUAGGAAGUUUAUACAAGGGGAAAAGAACAGCCCCUUUUUUACACCAUGUUUUUAGAGGGUUGUUGGCUGCUUUACUAAGAGGCCGGUGCCGUUGGCCUGAGAGUGGCAAAGUAAAAAGUAUUCCAACACAUUUUGAAGCAUCCUGAGAAUUAACACCUGUUGAGUGCGCACGUUUUCCAAAUGUAUCACCUUGACGCCACGACCCUCGGGAGUAUUUCCUGUGAUAGUAGCUUUGAGAGGAAGACCCUUCUCAAAUUCAGGAGUCAUAAAAAAUGAAAAUCGUGAUCUUUUUCUCGUGGUCGUGGUGCGGGGUAUCCGUGGUGCUCACAUUUUAGUAUCUGCCUCUGAGAUGGUGCUUUUUUACAGCAAGGACGACAUUUCAUGUUUGCGGGCAAAACUGACCACAAACUCUAGUUUACUGCCCCGAUAGAGGUUCUUAAUGGGAGUCACUUUCAACUAAACGACAGCUACCAUACAUCCCAAGUGGCAGAAGAAUCCAGUUUCACUCUAGAGAAAAGAAUAUCCUAACUCGUGGUUGUGGAUUUAGCAAUGUGCUACUAAAGUAAAAACACUAAAGGCCUCAUUGUUACCUGAGGAGCGAAAACACCAUAACAACAGUCUCGGUGUUCCUUGACAAAGACACGUCUUCCCAGAUCCACGUCUUUCAGACACCCACAGCAUUACACUAUUUGCGUGCGUACAAAAAACUGUUUAAAAAAUGGUGUAAGCCUAAUGUGAGGCUCAACUUUUGUAAUAUUUUGAAAGAACUCUCCAACUACGUGCCUGCAAAUGCUGUAAAAUUGCUGGUGUUACUCAGGAAAAUGGCACAAGGUGGCGCUGCAAUUGAAAUGACGUGGUUUUGGGAAACGACGGAAGAGAACACGUAAUUUUUGUGGGAAUCUUGACUAUAAACCAUACGCAAUGAAAUUUGAACGUGUAUUAACCUAUUAAUGUCUUCUAUUGUUACUUUUGUGUGGCAGGGUAAGCUUUUCCUACUGCAGUAUUCGUGACUCUGGCCAUGGGGGCCUCAGUGUGGGAAAUUGUUGGUUAACGAUCCCUGUAACCUUCAUUAUGUGAAGCCUGGCAGGUGUGUGCCAUAUUAAAUUGACCAAAGCAAGUUAUAUAUUUUUAUUGCUCAUGCCCGCUUUUAACGACCUAUUGAGUAAUUAUUGUUUUCAAAGGUAGAUGUUAUUUUUCAGUGAAAUUAAUAAAUGUUGACUAUACUGAU